UCGUGCAUUGUCAUGAGACUUGAGAUGUCUCGUCAAAUAUCUUCGGUAUUUUACGUAUCCGACGCAUGAACGGACUGAAUCACAGGGACGACGAGUCGCGUGUAUCGUGACGCGAGUUUUGUCCACAGUGAUCUUACGAAUCUCUACGUUUGCAAGUUAAGUGUGCGCUGCAUGUGCCCGUGGUGUUCCCGGAAAGAGCGGACGUUACUGUCUUCGACGCAGAAUUGAUUUCUCAAAGGAAGUCUCGAGACGUGACGGAGGACAGCGUUGAAUCGUUGAGCGAAACCACGAAUCGUUGACAUGCCGCUGCUUCGCAAACAGCCGUUUCAACGACUCCACGUCUCCUCAGACUUCAGGGACGACGACGAAGUAUUCCACUGCGAGGUUACCAACGAGAUCUUCAAGGACUACAAUGAAUUCUGCGAGAGGAUUAUCUUGUGCAAUUCACUCAUAUGGUCAUGUAGUAUUACUGGGAAAAGUAACAUGACAUACGAAGAGGCUUUGCAGUGUGAGGAAAAUGCAAAGAGAAGUCUUAAAGAAUUCCCUAUGGAGUUACGUAUUCCUAUAUUAAAUCUUGCCAGUAAAACAAAUAGAUCUUCGUUUAAUGAAAUGAUAGAAGAUGUAUAUCAGUUUGCAAGGGAUCGUUAUUUUGUUGGAGAAAUGGUGGAAGCAAGUUUUACAGAGGAUUCUUGGUGCGAAUGCCAUGUCCUUCAAGUUAUUGCACCAUCUGAGCAACAAAUAAAGGCAUAUAUGAUAGAAAAUAGGAAUCCACAAGAGCAACAGUAUCAUCCACCAGCAAAAUUGUUUCGCUAUGAAGUGGAACAGUUAGACUGCGGAGAUUCCGAUGUUAGUCAGCUUAUGAUAGUAGAAGCAGCACAAGUUAGAAGGAAAAAGCAACAUUACAGCAGAGAACGCAAUAAAAUAUUUUUACGUCUGUUGUGCGAGCAGAACGAGAGCGGUAUAUGGAUUGUUAAAGAUAGUGUACUACAGAAGUACGGAAUCAGUAAAGUACGUUUUGAUACCAUAUUUGCUGGUCCUCCUCCUGAUUUUACGUCACGUGUUAAGAGACCUAUUAAACACAAGCAAGAAUCGAUAGAGAAAUUUCUUACAGCAGAUAUAUCGAAGCAGAAACCAGUACAGAAGCCUGAUCCCCUCAAAAAGGUAAAUCAGACUGGUGUGGAUAUAAAGAAGUUUAAGAAACCAAGAACAAACGGAAAAUUCAAAGAAGAGCUCAAAGCGAAGGCGCUCGAAGAAAAAGCGAAACGCAAAGAAGAAAGAAUGUUGACUACCGAACGUAAAAAGGAACAGAAACAGAAACUAGCCGCUUUGGCUGCAUACGUGAGGCAAUGGAAUAAACCAAGGGAAGAUCUCCAGUGUGAAGAUCUUUCCCCGAUUCCACAACCGAUACCGAUCAAUACUGACAUACCUAACGACAAGUUCGGUGACUGUUGCAUGAUUCUAGAGUUUCUAGAAUUUUUUAAAGAAGAAUUGGAAGUCAGUGCAUAUUUUCCAAACGGUUUUACCUUGGACUUGUUGGAAAAAGCGGUGUUAACGAAGGAAGCAUCCGGACCUUGGAGUGACCUCUUGCAGUUACUGUUGUCGAGCAUUUUUAAAUAUCAGUCAGAUGAGGAAGAUGAGAUUCAGGCAUCUGAUACAGUAGUAAAUGAUAUCAGCACCAAUGAAGGAGCUUCCUCGAUGACAAAAGCGGUAAAACUUGCUACGAUUGCUUCCACCUGGAGUCAGACGUAUCAGGGUUACAAGCUGUCUGAGGUAACAUUGGAUCAUGUGACUUUGAGCGAGAUCUGUAGGCAGCACUUGUUAAGUUCUGGAGGGCGAAUGGGUGAAGUAGCUUCUAAAUGGAGGUAUUCUCAGAGAGGAGGAUACACGCAUCAGGAUGAUCCUGCGUUGUUUAUGAGGAUAAACGAGGCGCAUGUGCUAAGACAGUUAAGCCAUCGCAGCGUUCACGAACUUGACUUCGACGACAAACUGAAAGUGGCGACAUGCCUGAUCAAUCAGUUGCUCACAUUCGCCUCGGUACGAGAUGUGAUCGAGGAGAGACACGAGAAGCUUCAGCAAGCAAGAAAAGAACUGAGAUCUUUCUUGUUGGCUGAGCAGAAGAAGGAGAGGGAAGAGAGAGAGAAAAUGCGAGAGCGCGAGAAGGAUAAAGACGCUAAAGCUUUACCAAAAAAAGUCACCCGUGGCAACUGCGAGGAAGAAAAGAAGAAAGAAGAAUACGAGAUCAGGUUGAAAGAGCUUCAGCAAGCAUCUAAAGACGAUCAAAUGAUGCUUUACUUGGGAUCUGAUAGAGCCUAUCGUAGGUAUUGGAGACUUUUAUCUAUACCAGGAAUAUUCGUGGAUAGCGAUAUAUUCUCUCUAGGUCCUUGCCUCCCCGAAGGUACACCUUAUCAACCUGAAUUGCAAGAUGGGGAAUCCACGUAUGCAUAUUUGAGAAAUAAAUUUGAAGAUGAAUUUAGCGAUAAAGAAAAUAGUUUCAAAAAGGCGAAGAAGUCUCCAAAGAAAAUAGUAUCAUUUUCUGACAAAAAUGGACUCAAAUCCCCGAGGAAGGACGUGAUACCUAGAAAAGAAUUUAAGCAAGAACUAUCCGAUAUAAAGAAGAAUUUAAUGGCGUGUACAGGGGAUAAGGAGUGCCCGGUUCAUUGGAAAAGACCAGAACAGAAAUGGAGUUUCUUUGGAACACGAGAGGAUAUAGAAGCUCUGGUGAAUGGUUUGAGUAAACGAGGCAUUCGGGAAGGAGAACUCAGAAAUAACAUUGUGCAAGAAAUGACGAGUUUAAUGUCUGUUAUCGAGGAAUGCCCCAGGCAGAAACUUAAUCCAGAAGUUUUUUCAGAACCUAUCAAGGGACAGCCUGGUAAAUCGUCAAAGAAAAGUAAAUACGAAAAUGCUAAUCUGAACUUCCCUCCCGAGACGCCUGUCGACGAUGUUUUCGAAUUAACUCUGCGAGAUUUUAUCUUGGAUCUUGAAGACAAAAUGAAAGCGGGUUGUUUGGGAAGUUUGAAGGUAAAUAAUCGCGAUGCGUGGAGGAGUGCAAUUAGUAACAGGCACUAUGAUAAACAAUGUGAUAAAUUAAUAUAUGGUGGAAACGAGGCGGACAUAGAUACACCUUACAACGCAACGCUCGAUAAAGUUAAAAAUGAAGCUAAGCAUAGCAGGCCAGGUACUCCGGACUCUGAGGUUGGGAGCAUUAACAUAAAGACUUACAAAGAUUCAGGGAAAUACUUGGGUCCACCGAGUGAAAGCGAACCACUUCCCGAUCUAAAGCAACAGGUGACCAUAAAACAGAUGGCUUGCGCUAUUUUACAAUUAUCCCAAGCCAUCGAACCGAAGUACUUCCAGAGACCGUUGGGCGUUGACCAAAAAGAGAAAAAACAUGCUAACGACGACACCAGGGAAAGAUGGGAACAAUCGCUCAUGGCGUCGACCAGUUGGUCACAAUUAUUUCUGCAUUUGAGUACAUUAGAGAACAGCAUCGCAUGGGAUAAGAGUGCGUUGAACGCUCAGUGUUUCAUAUGCAGACGGCGAAAAGACGCUGAGAAAAUGUUACUCUGCGACGGGUGUAACAAAGGCCACCAUUUGUAUUGUUUAAAACCAAAACUGGCUGCUGUACCGGACGGAGAUUGGUAUUGCAAAUCGUGUAAACCACCGACCAAGUCGAAGAGGAAGAUUAAAAAGCGAAAGAAAUUCGAGGAUGAAUUGGAAGAGGAAGUGAUACUAACUAAAGAGACACGACAUAAUCGAGCCAAACGUGUUCUAGAAAGUGAAGAGGAAGAAGACCAUGAAGACAAUGCACCGGAAGAUGAGACGAGUUAUGAGAAUUUAAGUAGUCAAAUAAGCGUAUGCACUGCAUGCAGGAGCGGUGGAAAGCUAAUCAGUUGCGAUGCAUGUCCAAACUAUUAUCAUGUAGAAUGUAUAGAACCACCGAUAAUGAGGGCUCCCCGUGGAAGAUGGAUGUGUUUGGAUUGCAAGGACAGGAAAGAUAGGAGGAGCGGCACAAAACAUGUGAGGGGGCGCGAAAGGGAAAGGGACAAGGAGAGACAGUGCGCUGCAGCAGCACGCUCUCGCAUCCAUGGCUUUGCCAAGAGCCUCCUCACUACAGAAUCCACAGACUGGGACGACAGCAGCAAUUCAGAGGACGCUGAACCAAGGCAGACCAGGAGAGCUACAAAGAGGGCUGCUGAAGUAGAACAAGAAGUAGAUAGGGGAACAGUUAAAAGACCCAUGGCACGGUUACAAGAUUUGCUCACUGAUAUCCGGCAUCACAGGGAUUCAUGGCCUUUCCUAUCACCUGUUACAAAAGAUGAAGUCCCAGAUUACCAUGAGAUUAUCUCCAAUCCUAUGGAUUUCGGUACAAUCAAGUAUAAAUUGAAUAAUGGGGAAUAUGAGACGCCGGAACAGUUUUUCAGUGAUUGUCACUUAGUAUUCGCUAAUUGUCAGGCAUAUAAUGAGGAGCAUAGUGCAGUAUACAAUUACGUAUACAGGGCAGGUAUGAGGUUAUUGAAGUACAUUGAGAAACGAUGCAGAGAACUUGGUUUCAAUUAUGAUGAGGAGGUAGCGCGGCCACCGGAUGCGAAAAAACCAAGACUGGACGAAACUGACGUCGCAGAUAGUGAGGACGAAGAGAUUGAUGAACUUCAAAAGACAAGAUAGAAUCGGAAUACACAUUUCGAUAUUAUACUUAUUGGGUAUUAAUUCUUAUUCCCAAUAUGUAAAUUGGAUGUACCUUGAAAUAACGUGCGGAUUUUUACACUGGUACCCAGGACAGUAUAAACCGUGUAUAAAAUCGUGACCAUGCGAGAAAGAUAUUCUGUAAAGUAUAUAUUACCGAAAAAAAAAAAAGACUUCGUUUUGCUAAGGAUUAGAAGAAAUGCUAUAGAUAUAUGUAUAAUUGCAAGCUAGGCAUAUACGUUUAAAGUGUUUAUCUCUCUUUCUUCGUUAUUUAUCGAACGUCCUUAAUUAUUUUUCUUAGGCUUGCUAAAAUAAAACCAGGAAGAAAACAUGCACAGUAUUAUUCUUAGAAUUUUACGCAUGGUAUAAUUGCUCUCACGGACUUUUCGAAGUACAUGAACGUAGAGCAUUUUAUAUAGAGCGAGCAAAUAACUUUCAGUUCGCUCGAGCCAGUACAACAUAUAGUUUUUUUUGCGUUUAGUAUUAUUAUAAUGGAAACAAAUUUUUGUUAUCGGACAGUCUUUUUACAUUAUAAUAAUUAUUUAUUACUUUAGCACCACUGUGUACGAUCGCAUCAUACGUUUAAGUUUCACAAUUGCAAACGUUUCAAGGGCUUUCCUAAAGGUAUUCUAGACCCUUGACGCUUUUACUUACACGAAGUCCACGCAUUACGUGACGUGUUACUCAUUACCUGCCUUUUACGUAGGUAUAUUUAAAACACACGGCGUGCGAUAACGUGGUAACACGACUGACGGUUUUUUUUAUCGAGGAAAAUAUUCAUGCGAUAUUUCGCGUUAAUACGUAACAAGUUACUACGUCUACACGUGUAUUUAUUAUAAGAAACAAUAGAUUUUAUCAGAGAUUCGAGUAUAACACGUCCUAUAUUGCACGCACUCAUUGGAAACUGGAAAUUUUAUUUAAACAAUUCUCAUGUUCGAUUCUGCCAAAUUGUUAAACGUAUCAAUGGUACUUAUGAUUUUUUCUUACCCCCUUUUUUUUUACAUAUAUAUAUUUGUUUCCAAAUGAUCAGCCUAUUUUAAGAAAAUUAAAAAUUUUAGGCUGGCCCUACACAAAAUCUACGGUACAAAUUAUUAUUAUUCUCUAUAUUGUACAGCAGUUGUAGGUACAGUUCUUUGUAAUCAUGUACGUUUUAUACA